AUGAGUCAGCAACACUGGCUGCCAGACGGCUCUUUGCAAGGACGAACAGCUAUCGUCACGGGGGGUGCGGGCUCUUUCGGCCGAAUCAUCUGUCACGCCUUAGCGCGCGCAGGCGCUUCCGUGGUCGUUAACGACGUGGGCACUGCGUACUCGGGCCAUGGAGCUUCAGAAGGGCCUGACACGGAUUUGGCGAGGGAAAUAUGUGCCCCUAGGAUAUGGGAAGUUCGAAAACUACUCAACCGCGGAUCUGAAAAAGAUCCUCAAGACAAAUACGCUGGGACCACUGCUGUUCUGCCACACCGUGUGGCCAAGGCUCCUAUCUCAGGGCUAUAUCAAUGCUGUUGCGCCUAUUUCAGCUUCACGCAUGACCCUCCGGCUCUCACUGAUGAGAGAGCCAUCAAGGACUUCGAGCUUGCUUGGCUUCCGGCUGGAAAUGUGGCUAUCAUCCUGGCUCCGGCUACUGAUGCGUGCAACUUCAACGGUGAAUUUUUCAGCACCGGCGGAUACAAGGUCCAUCGAAUUGUUUUCGGUAUGCUCCCCGGGCUACAAGGGGUAGAGUCUUCUCAGGCCAUUCUAGACAAGCAGGAGCAGAGGAUGAAUGGGGCGGACUGA